CUCGGGCGCGCGUACCUGCCGUGGCCCGCUGGGCCUUGUAGUUCUUUCCCCGCCGCCGCCAUCUUGAUGAAUUUUUUUCCAAUAAGAAGACCUAUCAAGGAAUCCAUCAUUUCUUCUGGGAAUCUCUGACUAUUGGUACCACCACGGGUCCAGCAGAAAAUGAAAAGUAGUGUGGCACAGAUCAAACACGCCUCCAGUCAUGAAAGAAGAGAAACCUAUAGUUCUCACCAGAGGAGUCCCUCUCCAGAGGACAGGUGUGCGGAACGGCAGAGAUCUCUGUCCCCUCCAGACCGAGAUAACUUUAACCAUGGCAGGUCAGAUCAAGAGUAUUCUGGAAGGGGACGGUCUAAUAACAGCAGCGUGGAACCCAGAGGGAGGGAGAGAGAUAAACGCAGAGAGAGAGAACGAGAGCGAGAAAGAGACAGAGAUGGUGAACGCCGAAGGUACCGGAAGUCCCCUUCACCGGGCAGGCGAAGUCCAGAAAGAUCCUUGACCCAGGGCUCGUCGACUCAGGACGAACCCCCCACCAAGAAAAAGAAAGAAGAACUGGAUCCAAUCCUCACCCGCACCGGGGGAGCGUACAUUCCUCCUGCCAAGCUCAGAAUGAUGCAAGAACAGAUCACGGACAAGAACAGCUUAGCAUACCAAAGGAUGAGCUGGGAGGCCCUGAAGAAGUCAAUUAAUGGUCUCAUCAAUAAAGUGAAUAUUUCAAACAUAAAGAUCAUCAUUCAAGAACUUCUUCAAGAAAAUAUUGUUAGAGGAAGGGGACUGCUGUCUAGAUCGAUUUUGCAAGCCCAGAGUGCUUCUCCAAUUUUCACCCAUGUUUAUUCAGCAGUUGUAGCGAUUAUCAACUCCAAGUUCCCUCACAUUGGAGAAUUAAUCCUCAAGAGGUUAAUUCUUAAUUUCCGCAAGGGCUACCGCAGAAACGAUAAGCAACUCUGUCUGACUGCUUCAAAAUUCGUUGCCCAUCUCAUUAACCAGAAUGUGGCACAUGAAGUUUUAUGUUUGGAAAUGCUCACCCUGCUUCUUGAAAGACCCACAGAUGACAGCGUCGAGGUAUCGAUCUCGUUUCUAAAGGAUUGCGGCCUAAAGCUGACGGAAGUGUCUCCUCGGGGCAUCAAUGCUAUAUUUGAACGCCUGCGCAACAUCCUCCACGAGUCGGAGAUCGACAAGCGCGUUCAGUAUAUGAUCGAGGUGAUGUUUGCCGUCCGUAAGGAUGGGUUCAAGGACCACCCCGUCGUCCUGGAAGGGCUGGAUCUAGUGGAGGAAGAAGAUCAGUUUACUCACAUGCUUCCGUUGGAGGAUGACUAUAACCCAGAGGAUGUCCUCAAUGUUUUCAAGAUGGACCCUAAUUUUUUGGAAAACGAAGAGAAGUACAAGACAAUUAAGAAGGAAAUUCUCGAUGAAGGUGACACUGACUCAGACACGGAUCAAGAUGCUAAAAGUAGUGAAGAGGAUGAGGAGGAAGACGAGGAAGGUGAUGAAGAUGAAGAAGGACAAAAAGUGACCAUCCAUGACAAAACAGAAAUUAACCUCGUCUCAUUUCGUCGUACGAUUUACCUUGCGAUCCAGUCAAGUUUAGACUUUGAAGAGUGCGCACAUAAAUUGCUGAAAAUGGAGUUUCCCGACAGCCAAACGAAAGAACUGUGUAACAUGAUACUCGACUGCUGCGCUCAACAAAGAACGUAUGAAAAGUUUUUUGGCUUAUUGGCUGGGCGCUUCUGCAUGCUCAAAAAAGAAUAUAUGGAAUCAUUUGAGGGUAUUUUCAAAGAACAGUACGAUACCAUCCACCGCCUGGAAACCAACAAAUUGCGAAACGUUGCUAAGAUGUUUGCUCAUCUCUUAUACACCGAUUCUCUUCCGUGGAGUGUCCUUGAAUGUAUAACAUUGAGUGAAGAAACCACUACGUCGUCCAGCAGAAUUUUUGUGAAGAUAUUCUUCCAGGAACUCUGUGAAUACAUGGGACUUCCUAAACUGAAUGCAAGACUGAAAGAUGAAACCCUACUACCUUUCUUUGAAGGAUUACUCCCUCGGGACAACCCAAGAAAUACACGGUUUGCCAUCAACUUCUUCACCUCCAUAGGUCUUGGAGGUCUAACGGAUGAAUUGCGCGAGCAUCUCAAAAAUGCCCCAAAGAUGAUUAUGACCCAGAAACAGGAUGUUGAGUCGUCAGAUUCUUCCUCCUCCUCUUCGCCGUCCUCCUCGUCAGACUCCGACUCCUCGGACUCGGAUUCUGACAGCAGCAGUAGCAGUUCAGAUUCUUCCAGUGAUAGCGAUUCCUCAUCUACCAGUGGCCGCAGUUCGGACGCAGAUGCAGCUAAAGGAAAAAGGAAAGUAGAGAGAAAGAAGAAAAGUAAAGAAGCAGACAAAGUCACCCGGAAAAAGCAAACAGAUGAGCAGAAACACCUAGAGAAGAAAAUGGAAAGAAGGGGUCAAGAGACAAGAGCUGAAGAAGAAAGAAACCCAGAGAAAAAUUCGGAACGAAACGUCAGGGAUCCACAUCGGAGAGAUGGAUCAAAGCAUGUCCCAGACAGAGACGUUUCUUCUGACCGCAACAGUCACUCCACCGGGAAGGACAGGGAUCGUGACAAGCACGCAGAUUUCGCAGAUAAGUACGGAGAGUCGAAAAAGAAGAGGGGAGAGCGAAGAAAUUCCUUUUCCGAAAACGAGAGACCCCGACACCGGAGCAAAGACCGGGAGAAUCUCAGUAGAAGAAAAGAGAGAUCCAAGUCGAGAGAGAGGACCAGAAACGAUUCAAGCCCCCAAGGUGAGGAAGACCGAUACCGGAACGGCUCAGAAAGACGAUCUGGAAAGCCCAACAGACACUCGGAGCAAUCCAGAGAAUCGAGGAAACAUCAGGAGCGGCGAAGGGAGAGUUCUCCACCAAGGCGAAAAUAAAUGCUCUUCUGCAGUGUCAAGAGAAACAUGCCUUUGGUCCCAUUUAAAUUGAACAUUUUUUUACACGAUUGGUGAACUGUGUAUCCAAAAGGCAACCUUUGUAUAAAGUGCCGGUUUGUAUUUGUAAACUUGAGCCAAAAUUUUUAAGACUUUUCAGUGGAACCUCUUUUCUAAUAUCAAUUUUACAAGGCCUAUCUUUGGGCUUAUUGGAAGUAACUAUUCCAUUUGAGAGAGAAUGCGAAGUUUGCUUAUAUUUUGUGAAUAAAAUCAUCAGAGUCUCAGUGAAUGAGUACAUUUGUCAGUGACUUCAAGUAUUUUUCUUGUAAGUAUUUCUCACAACUCUAAGAGCCUGUGAUGGAAAAUCAUAGUUCUUGUCUUAAGUAACUGCAGAGCUAGUUACGUGGGAUCAGAGCAAGAUAAAUUAGGCUUUAUGGGUUUCUGUAAUAAGUUUGGCGAAAUUCCUCAUUUUAAGAAGAUUGAGGCUCACACAAAUUAAGUUGCUUAUUAGUUUUUGGAUAUUUCAGGAAGCAUAAUCUCUGUCCUCAAAAUGGUGCGGUGAAGCUAUGCAAAUGUGAAACCAGUGCAUAGAUGAGUUAUUUACCAAUUUUGCUCUAUCCCUUUGGACUGUUCGUCUUGCCUUUGUAAUAUAAUUUGUGAACGUAUUAACAGACAGUACAGUUCUGUCUGUUUUUGUUUGGUUUGGUUUCUAGAACGUUGCGGAAGGAUACGUACGUGUGAGAAAUACGAAUGGCAAAGCUAUGAAAUUGGUCAUUUCCUGAGAAUAUAUUGAGAAUAAUUUAAUCGCCCAUCAUUUUGUAAUGCCCGCUGCUUGAAAAGACGGCAAUUUUUUGUUUUUAUACUGCUUUUUAAAUAAAACAUUUCCCCCCA